AUGACGCGGUAUCGGUGGAAACGACUCGAAUUCAGUCCUACUUGUCCCUCGGGCGGAAUGUGGUAUUCAUGCGCCUCUGGCUCACGCUUUGUCGGGUGCUGCGUCAGCGACCCAUGCUCGAACGGCUGCUCCCAAGGCAAUAUUCGGACUCCCUGCUCCUUAACGUCCCUAACCCACCAAGCGCAGUGUGCCAGUGGAAGCAAGACGUUCUGGGGAUGCUGUAAAUCGAAUCCGUGUAACCAGGGACUCCAAUGUCCCAGCGGCGACCUCGUUCCUGCCUUCAUAGACCGCCCGGAACAAUUAUCAGCGUAUUCCCCUACUGGCAGCUUAAGCUCAACAAGCACCUCAUCUCUGCCAUCAAGUACCAGCUACCGCUCUACAACCACUACUUCUACAAGCUCUUCCACACACUCUUCUGCAGGUUCUUUUAUUAUUUCAUCAAGGACUAGCUCAACUGUGGCGUCUCCUCCGACUACAGUAACGGUCGUAGCGCCAUCACCUGGUCAGAAUAACAGGGACGGUCACAUUGCAGCCAUUGCGGGCGGUGCAGCAGGCGGCGGAUUGGGCAUCGCUGUUCUCCUCGGGCUUCUCAUUUACUUGAUCUUCCACGCGAAGAAGUCAAGAAAUCUACACAAAGACAUUCUGGAUCGUCGGCAAUCAGAUCUCACCAUGAGGAUAUCAGAAAAGCCAGACGUAGGCGGUUCUCCAACCGCACCAGUGCGACCACCCUGUGCGUCUCCGGACCCAAACAUGUCCCCCUACGAUCCCAACCGUUUCACGUAUCAACAGCAAGCCUUGCGCCAGUUUGAGCUUCCCGCAAUGCCGUCCAGUCGCGGCAACCUAUGGGGGACGUACCACCCGCAUAGACUGUCAGAGCUCUCUGGUGAGACUGCGCGAAGAACCGACGCUGACAGCAUAAUAAAACCUUGGCCGCAUGCAUAUAGUAUGCCACAGAGUCCUCAACGCGCAGUGGGAGAGUCUCCAAAUUAG